AUGGAUAUGCGGAAAGCUUAUGACACUUUGGAAUGGGAUUUCCUUGAAGAGAUGCUUGUGGCUUUUCAUUUUCCUCCUCAUUUUAUUCAGCUGAUCAUGACUUGUGUUAGAUCUCCUAAAUUCUCAAUCAUGUUAAAUGGGUCUUUACAUGGUUUUUUUAAUGCUAGUCGGGGAUUGAGGCAAGGAGACCCCAUGUCUCCUCUUUUGUUUGUCUUGAGCAUGGAGUACUUAUCUCAUAUAUUGAAAAAAAUUGCUAACGACAAAGAUUUUCAGUUUCAUGAGAGAUGUGCGGAGCUUCAGCUCACUCAUCUGUACUUUGCAGAUGAUGUGGUGUUAUUUUCGCUUGGGGAUUUUAAAUCAGUGUACAUACUUCUGCAAGGUUUUGAAUUGUUCUCUCACACCUCGGGUCUUCAAGCUAAUAUUAGCAAAUCUGAAUUCAUUGGUACUGGUAUAUCUGAUGAGGAGAUUCAAAGAAUUCUCAUGGUGUCCAAAUUGAAGAGAGUGUUGAUUUUUGUGCACUCUUACUGGUCUCAAAUUGUGGUGCUCCCUAAGAAAGUUUUCAGCAGAAUAAAUGAGAUAUGUAGAGCUUUUCUUUGGAAGGAUGAGGCUAAUUAUGGAGGCCCGGGUUGUGUUGCUUGGGAUGGUGUGUGUAAAAGCAAGAAAGCAGGAGGGUUAGGCAUCAGAAAUAUCUCAAUCUGGAAUACUGCAGCUUUGGGGAAAUUUAUUUGGGCUAUUGCCACAAAUAAAGAGAGUUUGUGGAUCAAAUGGAUUCAUUCGGUCUAUCUAAGAGGAGAGAGCUGGUGGGAGUAUGAGGCUCCUUUAAACUCCAGCUGGUAUUGGAAGCAAUUGGUCACUGUUAAAAACAGAAUGAAGAGUUAUUUUUUCUAUCGUACCUUUAUCUCUAUGUUUUAUCGGAUUCAUGAAGUGUAUGAUAAGCUUUUGAACUUGACUGGGAAUGGGAUGUUUUGGACAAGAAUUAUUUGGAGUGCUUGUGUUGUUUUUAAGCAUGCAUUCAUUACUUGGUUAACUAAAUUGAAUAGAUUGAAAACAAGAGAUAGGCUUCACCACAUGGUGAUAGUGACUUCAGAUAGUUGUCUGAUAUGUGAUAAUGCUCCAGAAAACAACUGCCAUUUGUUUUUCUCCUGUUAUUACAGCAAGAGAUGCAUCAUAGAAGUGAAGCUUUGGCUGGGGUGGCUCUCGAAUACUGAGAAUAUUCAUGAGCUUCUGAGAUGGAUUGCCAGAGGAAAACAUCUGUCUCGAUUCAGAAGGUGGAUUUUUGCUUCUGGUUUAGCGGCAACUACAUAUCAUUUGUGGAGGGUUCAAAAUAUAGCUUUAUGGGAGGAUAAAGUUCAGAGUAUUGAUUGUCCAGUUAGGCAUAUUAAAAGGGAUGUUAAAAAUAGAGGAUAUAUUUUUGUGAAAAAUCGAGUUCCUGAGUCAGAUAAAAUCUGGUUUGGGGAUUUAGUUGUAUAG